AUGGCCAAGGUGUCCAUGUUUAGAGGAAACAAACAUGAGCGUCAGUGCAUCCUGUGUAUGGUGGAUGUGGUGCCGGUGAAGAACGAGGAUGGCGUGGUGAUCAUGUUUAUCCUCAACUUCGAGGUCAUGACUGACGAGACACUUCGAGACCACAAACAGGAUCUGAACCACCGCCUGCCCACCUGGCUCGUUACAGGUCGUCCACGAGGCUUCAAGUUGCGUCUUCCCCUGCUGCGCUCCUUGUCCAACAGUAAAGCGUCCCUGGACGACGCAGAGGCCGGUCACAUCCCCAUCGCUACACCGCUGCCGCUGCAUCCAGACCACCCCAGUCACGAGUCCUUAGGCCUGGGGGAGUUCCUGCCCCUUCCCCCCUUAGCACCGGACCACCAGGAGCAACUCAGCGGAAGCAGGUCGGCUCUACAGAGUUGGCCAGAAGACCGCCAGGAAGACCAGCGCACCUUACUGUGCUCGGAGCCUCCCGUCCCCCAUCAUCCAGUGGCUCAUCACGGCUCCCACCUGGUGGGUCCUCUCACCCAGUCUUCACCUUGCGUAGCACCCCACCACCGCCUCAGCCUCAACCCAGACGGCUCGGCCUCUAACUGCUCCCUGUCACAUAGCCGCUCGCGGGAAAGCUUCCACAGCAUGCGGCGCGCCUCCUCUGUAGACGAAAUCGAGGCCAUGAGGCCCGAUUGGGACCGAAAGAACCGGAGAGCGAGUGUCCGGCCGGCCAGCAGCAGCACUGGUGCGGUAAACAGCAAGUCAAACAUACUGAACUCCACGUCAGACUCUGACCUCAUGAGGUACCGCACAAUUUCCAAAAUCCCUCAGAUCACCCUCAACUUUGUGGAUUUCAAACCCGACCCACUCAUCGCCCUGCCCUCUGGGGAGAUGGACAUCAUCGCUCCAUGCAAACUUAUUGACCGGACACACAACGUCACCGAGAAAGUCACGCAG